AUGCAGGUAAUGCAAGACCCCUCUCAAGGGAUUCAUCGCGACUUGUUACAUCACGUUCAUCUUCUCUCUACAUAUCGAUUUCCAAUUACACCUACACAAUUACAUCCCGAAAGAGUCGCAGAAUGGCUUAUGAAUGGACCUAAAAUUACUCGCGAUCAAGCUCCUGUUUAUUGGACUUACCUGGACCGACCGGUUGAUGGCACAGUCUUAUUAUCAUGGCAAACACCUUCAUUGGGUCAGGAAUUUCCAAGUGAUGGCUACGUCUGGGCUCCUGGAGAGACAGCUUUCUCUCUCGAAGUUAUGGGCUGCACUCUAGAAAUUUACCAUUGCAAAAUCGGCUAUGGUACUGGAGAACCUAUCGCAUCUCAUACUCGUCGCCGAUAUCGACUUUUACCACCACGAAUUCCAAACCAGAAUCCUUCACCUGAUCCAAAUCUAUGGAUUAUACAUUAUACUCAAGCUCCUCCCGAGGAUCGUCUCCCACCACAUAUGAUCCCAAUCAAUCAACAAAUUCAAACCAUUAUGAGUACCCGACAAUACUUACAUCAACAAGGUCAACUUAUUCACAAGGAGUUCUUACUUCAUGAUAGAGCAAAUUGGGCAAAGAUCGAUUUUCCUCGUGGUCAUCCAAGAGGUGCUCCAAUGUAUGCAGCAAGCAUUCCACCAAGAGUUCCUCAAUCAAUGGCAUAUCCUACUCACCCUCAACCUGGUCCGCCAUCAAAACGCGCUCGUACGGCCAAUGUUGCUCAAGCCGCAGUCGCAAAUAAUGCUGCAGCAGUUGUCGAAGAAGACGAAGAAGAAAAUUCUCGAGGAGAUUGGUUCGAUCUUACAACACCUAGAGAAAUCAGUUAUAGCAGAUUCCUUGCAAAUUAUGAGUGGAUGGAGGAAGUACUCUCUUCACCCUACGCCAUCAAUCAAAUUGUUCCCACAGACCUUGGACUUGGUCUUCGUGGUGAACUAAGCAGUCUCACUGAAGGCAUAUUUAAUGCUCCUCUCAAAGAGACAGAAGAACCAACUCUUAAUUAUGUUGGUCGUCUUGAUCCUGGAAAGGCAGAUGAGUUCCGUAAAAGAGCUCAUGAUACUAUUGCACAAACCAACAAGGAUAUUGAAAAAAUGAAAGCUAAGCAUGCAAAACGUGUUGCAAAAUUUCAAAGAGGUUCUCUUAUUUCUCAAGCUGAGAAAGAAUUGCGUACCGCUGUCGAUAACCCUUCAGAUAUUGGUCCCGAAUAUUGGAGACUUGAAGGUAAAAUCGAUGAAGAAGAAAAUGAAGAAUCUGAAACUCCAAUCAAGAUUCCUUCCAAGGUUGAUGAUGUCCUUGCAAAGGUUGAAGCUUCUCUUGGUCGCCAUGCAGUUGCGAUUAGUGAACUCCGUCGUAUUCAAGAUGGUGGAUAUGAAGAAGUUACUGCACGAGCAAGUCCUCCACCUUCUCAACCUUCUCGAAACAAUUCUCAACAAAGUGGUGUUCUUAUGAAUGAUACUGAUGUUGGUGAUGUCGGUGAUGUUGAUAUGACCAAUUCUACUGCUGGUUUACUGGAUCAAUUCCACAAUAGUAAUCCAUCUUCAUCACACGCCACACCAGUAAGUGCCAGUUAUCCAACUCCUGGUCACUUACAACAUCCUUCUGCAGCAACUACACCAGCUGGAGCUUUACAUAUGGCAUCUCCACAUCUCUCUCAAACUAUGGGAACACCACAAAUUACACAACAGAGUCAAUCUCCUCCACAACAAGAACAGAAUGAUGUCCAUAUGCAAGAUUCAUCUUCAACAGCGGAAACUCAACAACCGGUGACUACAACAGCGCCACCUACAACAGGUGCUGAUACAUCAGAUUGGGUUGUUGUACCACCAGGAGGUGUCUCACCUACAGCAGACCCUUCUAACAACAAUACAAACAACGAUACACCAAAUCCUCAAACUCAAAAUCAAAAUCAACAAUCAACAUUAUCUGAUUUUUCCAAGCCAUCUUCCGAUAACAAUACAUUAGAACAACCAACAACUUCUACCUCCUUACCCGAACCACAACAAGAACACCAAGAACACCAAGAACACCAAGAACACCAAGGGGGGCAGGAAGAACAAGAGCAUCAUACCGAACUCAAUGAAAAUGAUUUCGAUCUUGAAGAUUUAGAUACAGCUGGUGAUGCUUUAGCUUCAUAUGAUGCCGGUGAUGCCAUGGGUGAUGAUGGACAUGGUUUGGGUGAUCUCGUCGACGAUAGUGCAUUUGGCGAUGCUUUUCACGGCGUCGAUCAUCACAAUGAUAAUGUGGAUGAAGACCAUCACGGCAUGUAA